CCAAGGUUGAUUGCGAUUGAAUAUCUGAAAACAAAUUCACAAAUCAGAACAAUACACGACUAUACAAUUCAACGACGGACGACCGGUCAAAGGAACUCGUGUUGGUGUCACGUCCUGUCCAAUACGGCGCAGUUAUUAUUCUGCAGCCUGGUUUCGGAUCUUGCCGAGCUUCCAGGAAUACAUUUUGAGAACAUCCAAACACGGUUCUGCUACACUAAACACAACUCGAACCACCACGAUUCCUCAACCAAUUCUCCAAGCAAUGCCUUCAGUAAGCCCCGAACUGCCUCCUCAUCUGGCAAAGCGGAAACGCUCCAUAGACGAAGACGAAGACCCAAAGUCUCCGCCUCGAAAAGUUGUAGCAGCCACAGCUCCUCGAGCAGUUGGACCCUCUCUGCCGACCCAAGCAGCAGGGCCAACACUACCACCAAGCAAGAACCCAGAUGGGCUCAACGUAGAAGAUAGCUCAGACGAUGACUACGGACCAUCUCUCGGCCCCUCAAAGCCGUCUACAAAAGCUCCCAGUCCACCUCCAAAACGAGUCCUAGGACCCACGCCACCACCAACCACCAACCCAGACGAACUCAACCUCGACGACGACGAUAGCUCAGACGAUGGCUACGGACCCUCUGUCCCAACCUCAGAACCAAAAUCCGCUGCCCCAAAGCGCGUCCUAGGUCCCGCCUUACCACCAGCCCCCCUCUCGGAACGUCCCUCCCACCCCGCGAAUCCAGACGAUUCCUCCUCAGACUCCGACUCCGACUACGGGCCCUCCCUCCCCCCCGCCCCCGGCUCAGCAGCAGAAACCGCCCUCCUCCAGCAAAAACAACAAGAAGCCGCCCAUGCAUCCUCUCUCGCCCAAGCCGGGCCCCCAAAACCCCAACGCGACGACUGGAUGCUCGUCCCCCCCUCCGACAGCGACUGGAGCACCCGCGUCGACCCAACGAAACUCAAGAACCGCAAAUUCGCCUCUGGAAAAGGAGCCAAGGCGCCCGCAGAAAAGAGCGGGAUAUCAGCCAUCUGGACCGAGACGCCGGAGCAGAAACGGCAGCGUCUUGCGGACGAGGUUCUUGGUCGCUCUUCUAGCUCCUCAUCCUCAAAGAUGGCGAGCUCGAAGCAGCCGAGGUCUGAGGAGGAGGUCGCGACGGAGAGGAGGAUUAGGGAGUACAAUGAGCGGAAUCGGGGGAAGAGUUUACUUGAUGUGAGGAGGGAUGAGCAGGAGAGGGGACGGGUGGAGAAGGAAGAGGAGGAUGAUCCGAGUAAGCGGGGUUUUGAUCGGGAGAAGGAUAUGGCGCUUGGGGGGAGGAUGGGGCAUGUGAAGAAGAAGGAGAUGCUGGAGCGAGCGGCGGAUUUUGGGACCAGGUUUCAGAGGGGGAAAUAUUUGUGAUAGAGUGUUCUAUUCUGAAUACCACUUGAUUGAGUUUGCCUAUGUUUCUUUCUUUCUUGCUUUCAAUGCUACUCACUGAUCCGUCCAUCCACCGGAAGUAUCGUAUCACUCCCCGUCACCAACCAAUACCAUCACUCUCAAAACCACCUCGCUACACCCUCUUUCAACCUACCUAUCUACCCAUCUUCCCAGAAACCCAAAAAAUAAACAGAUCACACUACACACACGAGGCCGACAG